GGGAGGGAAUGUGCAGAAGGGAGGAAGGAUGAUAGAAAAAUUAGAAUCUGUUCGGGUGAAAAUAGGGGUGCUGGAUAAGAGGAUUUGGAAGUUUGAUAAUGCUGGAGUUCAUUCUUCAAGUAAGGCGUAUGAAUUGAUGGCUUCUAAUGUAAUGAAAUUCUACUUCAUGCUGAAUUGUGUAAGGCUAUCUGGAAAUAUUAUGUGCCUGGAAGGGUAUGGAGGAAAUGUUUGGACUGGUGGGGCUUCUCUAAACUGUGACAGGUCCAAAGAAAGCAGCAUACACUAGCUGUGGUUCAGGCUCUAUCAUCGUGAGUACAGCAUGGAUGGUGGAAUGAAGUGUGAGGUAUUUUGGAUCAUUUGUUGCUUUCAUAUGGCUGAGGCUGCUUAUGAUUUGGCGAGGUGGGUGGAGUUUGUGGAAGAUCAACAAACCUGGUUUAAUGAUUUGCCCCUGUGUGCGUAGUUUCAUGCGCGAUAUUGCUUCCUUA